AUGCCAAUGGAUAAGCCAAAAAACAACGGAUAUGCAGUUAACAUUCCUGAAAAUAUAAACACUAACUCCAAAGAGUUUUAUCGCCCGUUGUUUUGGUUUUCUGUUGCUUGCGUCCCACUGUUGCUUUUGAUUUCUGCUGGAUAUGGUUCGGCACUGAUAUGCACCAGUAAUGUGGCCCUCCCCUUUGCUGCAGUUGCAAGUGUAAAUUUCUGGCAUGGAAUUAUAAAUCGAGGAAAAGAUUGGUUUACUCAUGCUGUUUUCUGUGCAAGCGUCUUUGGUGAAAUUAUCGGGGCAUCUGUUACAGUUAGUUAUUGCUGUCCUAGUUUAAUCCAUAUCAGCAUUCUUGGAAUAACAGGGUUCAUUUUGGGGAACCAAAAGCUGACAACAGGUCUCUUUGCUACUUGCAGAUUGUACUUGAUUGCCAGCUUUCCAUGGAUGCCGUAUUUGAUCAUAUCUAUCCUGUGCCACGCCUGUAUUCUAGCAGGCAGAAUUUCUGCCAAGUAUGUGGAAUCUCAUCUGACGUCGCAAAUAGCUGCGGAUUUGAAACUUUCUACCCCGCGAAGAAGGAGAACCUCAAACAACACCAUCUACAACAUUUAUAAAGUCCGGCGCACUUCUCUGCCAGCUUUAGGGGGAAGCAACAAGUCGCCGCAUCACGGAUAUGGAUUUCAGGGUAGUGCAUCAACGGUCGAUGUUGCUUUGCUCGCUGAGGCUCACGGGUGUUGGGUGACUGAUAUGCUGGCCGAUCCUAAUCUUCCAGCCCACGUGGUUGGUGGCCUAAGAUCCUUGGCUUCCUUACUAUCCCCACCAACACCAGUGUCUGUCAAUCACAGGAUCCAAAGACCUGGGGGAGCCAGUGUGUCACUUGCGGAUUUUAAUUCAGGAUCUGACAAUGAAGAAAUCCCUUACACUGGAGAAAAGCCCUCGGCUCUUUCCAAGCGUUUUCGUCGCAACCUUCCACCGAGUCUUCUCCGCAGAAUGUCCACCAGCACUUGGACUACGACAACAUCUGCUACUGGAUUACCAACUCUUGAACCUGAACCUUCCAGAAAAAGGAGCACGAGCUUUCGUCAUCCAACUGACUCCCAGAACACCUCCCCCAGGGGUGGAAAUAGUCCUCAGGCAGGAUGUGCUAUCUCUCCCAGUCGAUCCCAACUUGUUUCGAUGCCUACCUGUUCGAAAGGUCGAUCCUACUCAACAACUUCGAUCCCAUCGAACUCGUUGAGCAGGCGCAACUCUCGUGACAGAAAGACUGUAUGCAGUCUACAUCCCUUGACAUCAGCAGAAAUAGAAGCCCUGCACGAAGCGCAUGCGCAUAGAGAAGAUGAACUUCAGCUGUUUCAAAUGAGGAUGGAACUUCAGGGAGGAGGGGAGGCCGACGUUGAAACGACAGAAGACGACGAGGAAGGAUCACAACCCCUGCCACCGUUACCCUGCAUCCGACGAGUGAAUAUAAGUUCUGAUUACGAGUCCAGCAACGAGUCGCCUGGGAGCAGUGACAACAACGAUGUCACGCUGUCUGACGACCGGUUGCCCAGGUCUCUGGCAAUACAAACUGUUCCAUCUGUUGCUCAGGAUAUCAACAGAUGUACGCUUUGUGGAGGCAGGACUAGACGAGGAGUCACAAUAGAAACUGGAGCUGGAAGGAGUCCGAAUUUUGAGGACACUACACCAACUGGUCCGGAUGAAGACGAAGAAGAUUCCCUCGGCUUGUUGGUGAACGGCUACAGGUAUAAUUUAGAAGUUUUAGAUUCCGACUCACUUUUAAAUCGGAUAAAUGAAUGGGAUUACCCUAUAUUUGAUUUAAAAGCCCAAGCUCAAGAUCUUAUACUUAGCCAGAUGUGCUACAAAAUAUUUCGGGAAGUCGGUUUAUUCGAAGCAUUUAAAAUUCCCAUUCAGGAGUUCCUAAAUUAUUUCCAUGCCCUGGAAUCUGGUUACAGAGAAAAACCAUAUCAUAAUCGUAUGCACGCCGCAGAUGUCUUACAUGGCGUCUACUACCUCACUUCCCAACCAAUUCCAGGGUUCACUCAAAUUCCAUCGGACGCCACGGAUUCACCAUUGCACAAGACGACAGACUCCGGAAACAGCAGCAUGCACAGGCCGAGUUUUGCUGCUGACGUCACUUACGGUGUCAUGGGAGCUAACUACCCGGCACUAGAGCUAAUGGCCCUUUACGCUGCCGCCGCCAUGCACGACUACGACCAUCCGGGACGGACGAACGCAUUUCUGGUGUCUACCUACGCCCCUCAGGCAGUGCUGUACAAUGAUCGUUCUGUGCUUGAAAACCAUCAUGCCGCUGCCGCUUGGAAUUUGUUCCUGUCUCGACCAGAGUACAACUUUCUCUGUCAUUUAGAUAAAGCUGAGUUCAAAAGGUUUCGCUUCCUUGUUAUAGAAUGUAUCUUGGCGACUGAUCUCAAGAGACACUUUGAAAUUCUUGCAGAAUUUAAUGCCAAGGCAAAUGAAGAUGACGCUCCGGGAAUUGAUUGGAUGUCGGAAACUGAUAGGUUAUUAGCAAUGGAAAUGUGUAUCAAAUUAUCUGACAUUAACGGACCUUGCAAGAGGCACGAUAUUCACGUACAAUGGACUUACAGGAUAGCAGAAGAAUUUUACGAACAGGGCGAUGAGGAGGCAGACCUCGGAUUACAAGUUUCCCCCUUCAUGGAUCGGAAGAACCCCCAGUUGGCCAAACUUCAAGAGUCAUUCAUUAACCACCUUGUAGCUCCACUGUGCAACGCCUAUGGGGAAGCAGCACUUCUUCCUGGAGUUUGGGUUGAAGAUUCUGAAAGUGGAGAAGACGACGAAAGCCCAGACCAAGUGGAAUCUUCAACGGUGAAAUUUUCUGACGAAAUUGUUGAUAGCGAUAGUAGUAUUCCAAGUGUGACGACAGAAGGUAACAGGCCAGUUCGGAAUCGGAAAGUGAGUUGUUUGCAGGCUGUUCAUUUGCGAGAGAACUAUGAUCAUUGGGUGGAAAUCUUGAAAAGAGAGCAGCUGGAAUACGAGAAGGAAAAUCCGGCGGAGUUCGCAGACAAUGAGCUAAUGCACGAAGAGAAACAGAACCCGGAAGAUGAAAUGGAAACCAUUGAAGAAGAGAGUGCUUUGCUGAGACUAACUCCCACAAGCAUGGAUCAAAAAUUCUAGGCUUGAAAAAUCCUGAACCUUGCAGCAAGACCAAGAAAUUAGAAAUGACAUCAACCAGGGCCGCGAGGUCCCUAUGUGCAAGGUCGUGCGGCGCACGACGGCGCCAGAGUC